CAUACCAGUUGGUGGCGGUACAGCACCAAAUCGUUGUGUGUCGACUGACAAUAAACCUCAAAGAAGGAAGAAGAGGAGCUGAGGAAGGAAUGAAAGAGUAGCAGUAGAGCACCGACAGGAGUUAUACGCUCAGUUGCGCUGUAGAAAAACGUAGAAUCCAUUUCAAAGUGUUGAUCCAUCCGACCAAUGAGAUCUGUUCACCGAGUCCCCGCACUACAAACUCCCGGACCGCUUCAUAUCGACUCCUCAGCUGCUUCAGGUAACCCGCCAUUCGUCCAGAAAACCCAGCAGAAACCUGGACCGGAUUCACGGACCGGAGAACUGACUGGCUCAUUCCUGUGUAUUUCCUUCCUGGGGAAGUUUUACCAAUCGCUGAAAGACAACAACGUAAAGUUCAACGCCGCAGACAUCGAGAACGCCAUCGUAAAGAGCUGCAAAGAGGCUAAAGGCAAAGACAACCGCUUUUGUUACUACAUCGGGGCAACGAGCGAUGCAGCCACCAAGAUUAUCAACGAGGUGUCCAAGCCUCUGAGCUACCACGCCCCAGUGGAGAAGAUCUGUGAGAAACUCAAGAAGAAAGACAGCCAGAUCUGUGAACUGAAAUAUGACAAACAGCUGGACCUGACCACAGUGGACCUGAAGAAGCUUAAAGUGAAAGACCUGAAGAAGAUUCUGGAGGAGUGGGGCGAGUCCUGCAAAGGCUGCGCCGAAAAGUCUGACUUCAUCCGCAAAAUCACAGAGCUAAUGCCCAAGUUCGCUCCUGCAGCCGCCAGUGCACGGACAGAUCUGUAACGGGGAACAAACACACAACGCAACACACACACACACACACACACACACACACACACACACACACACACACACACACACACACACACACACACACACACACACACACACACACACACACACACACACACACAACACACACAACUUUGGACUUGGACAAGACUGCUAUCCAGCUCUCCCAACUUUACCCUGGUUUCCAUGACUACCUGUCGAAGAGAAAAGGCUCACAGUUUUCGGAGUUAUGUAAUGCUGACAUAUGAACAUCAAAAGAAACAGUCGCUGCAACGCCUCUCGUCCAAAAACAGAAGAGUUCUCUUCUAAUGUAAUCCCCAAAGUAACAGAUUGAGGACAAAAAAAGUUUAUCUGAAGUUAACCGCUAAAUAUUAGAGAACAUUUUGACAGGACUUUGUUUUGUCCCC